AUGAUGCCGAAACCUUUUAUAACGACCUCGUCGAUCCUCGUGCUCUUAUUUUGCGCCAGUCAAACAGUAAAUGUCGUCAUCAGCCAUGACCCGGACGCAAAUCUAUUGGCCAAUGAAAGCGAAUUAACCAAACAGGAGCCGGAAGCUCCGGCUGACGUGAACGCACCUGAGACAACAAACGAAAAUGGGGAAACUAAUGUAUCCCCUCCAGUUGAUGUUGGUGGCAACAUUUUAACUGCAAUCUCAGUCACGUCUGCAGUCUUAACUGUAUUGGAAGCCAUCGACAGAAGAAUUCUGCCACAACCGACCACUGCUGAGGACAUUUUAGAUGGUGUGAGAAAAUUAGAAGAUCUAAUCCGGCCCAAUGACUUGGGACACUACAAGAAAGCAGAAGACUCCAUAUCACGAGCCCUGCACGACAUGGGUGUCAUGAUGUCUGGCAUAGGACGUCAAGGUCCAGUAGAAGCCUCGCAGUUCCAGGAGCUUUUGUGGCUUGAAAGAGCGCGACUUAUUGAUGGAAACAUUAUUCUAUUAAUGGAAGGCUUACUCGGGCAGCAGGUGGCGGGCUCCGAUUUGAUGGAAAACAUUCAAGACGGCCUCAAAUGCGACGUCAUGGAUGUCUCGGAAAAAGUGAAGCGAUAUAAUGAUCUUAUCGAAAGCGGAUCGUUGGCUUUUAAUCAUUUCGCUAUAUUAGGAAAAAUGUCUGAACAAGAAAUAAGUCGAAGGAGAGCAGCGUUCGGACAACGUAACGUAAGAGUUCUAGCUCGGAACGUCCAAGUCGUUGAACAAUGUUUCCAACGCCAGUUGGGCGAAAUACGCAGCGAAUCGACAACAGAACAAGUUGCUGAACAAGUGGCACAAGUCAUGUCCACUCUCUAUCCAUUGCCGACACGAUGGAUUGUCGCGGUCUACACAGGUCAACAAGGAAUGGAGCGUGGCGCUAUCAAACCUCUGAAAUCCAAACUUUCGGCCGAUUUUAAUGUCAUUAUCAACGGUUUUCACGUGGCUUUGUUUCCUUUCCUUAGUGGAAAAAUGCCACAGAUGAUCGACGGUCGUCGGAUAGACCACUUUUGCAACCGGCCUGUCAAAGCAGCCGGGCAAAUGCCAACUUGCGAUAUUGGCAGCACUGAUGGUGAAUACAUUUACGAUGAGCUCAGACGCUUGGGCAUCGUUCCCGAUCCGCUUGAUCUGAUUGUCGUGCCUUCGGAAGGCCAACUAAGCGUGAGAACUGUACCGCUCGGUAGUUUACCACCAUUUUUUGCUAAACAAUAUCCCGACUUUGACAUUAUUGUGUUUUAA